CCGUCGCGAGUUCGGGACCAGUAUAUCGGAGCAUGCCGUUCGAUUCGCGUGCUGCCCUUUAUCACUACUACUACACCACCGCGUAGCGCAACACAGUGCAUCCCCCGGGAGUACAGUGUAACCCCUCUACUCGAACCUGCGGUGAUCGUCGAUUCACCUGCUGAAUCGCGGCUCGGUGAAGUUGCUCGGAGCGCCCCGGUGUGCGCGCGUGUGUGUGGUGUGUGGCGCGAGCGAGCGCGCGCGGCCCUUUCGAUUUCUUUUGAGCGGCCACUGUGGACUCGAUAGCGUCGUAGAACGGGAAGAAGAGAGUGGGGCUACGCAACCCGCCGCCGGACGAGAAAGGGGCCACCUGGAAGCCGGCGCGGUUUCGAAGUACACCCCGAGUGUUGUUGGAGCGUGUUUUCUUGUUUGUUGCGCAAAGAGCCCUGCGGUGAAGAAGUUUUUGGAGCCAGCAUGAGCGGCCACGUCGGGGAUCUCAGCCCCAAGCAGCAGCAGGCGCUUCAGCAGUUCCGGGAGGUGUGCAAGGACCUGCUGAACAACGAUGAUGACGACUACUACUGCCUCAGGUGGCUUAGGGCCCGAAACUUCGACAUCCAGCAAGCUAAAGAAAUGAUGAAAAAGUGUAUUGCAUGGAGGAAAGCCAACAACGUCGAUGAUUUCUCGAAGGAUGACUACAAGCCACCUGAGUUCGUGCACAGGACCUUGAUCGGUGGCAUGUACGGCGUCGAUAAACAGGGCGGUCCCGUCUGGAUCUACCCGUUUGGAAACUUUCAGAUCAAGCCAUUCCUUCGUGGCUGCACAGUCAAGGAGAUCCUCAUGUACAUGGCAUGGCGCUGCGAACAGGGCAUGAAGAAGAUGCGAGAACAGUCCAAGAAGUUGGGAAAGGUCGUGGAGACGCAGGUAGUGAUCUUCGACUUCGACAACUUCUCCAUGCUGCAAGCCCUCACCGCCGAAGCUGUGAGCGCAGUGUCCGCAUUUAUUCGAAUGUACGAGGCCAACUACCCAGAGCGGUUACAUCAAGCCUUCGUCAUCAAUGUUCCAUCCCUGUUCUCCGUCCUGUUCAACCUGAUCAAGCCCCUGCUGACGGGAAACACGCUCACGAAAGUCCACGUCCUCGGAAAAGGCGACAACUGGAAGGAAGAGAUCCUGAAGUACGUGGAUGCCGACCAGCUACCCAAGCAGUGGGGCGGAAACUGCGUCGACGAGGUUACCGGCGACCCAUUCUGCUCGACACAUAUCACCAUCGCACGACCGAUCACGGAGGCCGACUACCGGCGCCGCAGCAGCGUGCUUCUGAACGGCGACCAGGGUGGCUCGGCGGCGGCCACGUUGUCCGUGGACCGGCGCAGCUGCCACGAGGUGCCGGUGUCGGUGACGCAGGCCGGCUCGCGCCUGUGCUGGGAGUACGAGACCGAGGACCACGACAUCGGCUUCACCGUGGUGCGCGCCCAGGACGACCCGGCCGCCGAAGACGUGACCGUGCUGUCCUGGCAGCGCGAGGACUCACACCUCAAGCCGCGCGAGGGCAGCAUCCUCUGUGAAGAGCCCGGAACCUAUGUGCUGAAGUUCGACAACACGUUCAGCGCCUACCGCAGCAAGAAGCUCACCUACACUGUACGAGUGGUACCGCCUACCAUCAGCGAGAGAGAGGACGAGGCGUGACGUCACACGCCCGCUCUCCCUUUCCCGACAAGCUAGCUCCAUGACAGCGGAGUCUGACCGCUCGUCACCGCAGAAGCCAACCGAAUUCAAAACGACUCCAACGUGCACAAAAGCCAGCGCUGCCACAACUUAAAUUGACACAAACGUUCGACUCAAGAUGGCGAGCGCACCAGCCCCACGAUAAUAGUAUGCCACUGGGCUUGAGACUCACCCCUCCGUCCCUUUUUUGCCUUCCAGCAAGGAAACUGAACGGCUAAAUUGUCUACUGUUGCUACAUUCACUGGAACAGGAGGCGUGUUAAGUCAGAAAUGGCACAGAGUCAACAGCACAAAACUCUCAUUAAAUUUGUGCAACCGCACAACACUUCUUUUCCUUCACGUUCAGUCAGAUUUUCGGCGAACGGUCUCCUGUCGGUCUGGAAGCGAACAGUGAGCACAAUCACGAUAUCGCUGAUUUUGUACUGCCACCUUGAGCUUGAAGUCUCAACCCUUUUUCAACUUUUUUUCGGCAUUGCCAUGUCAUGCCUCGCUCAAAAUAGUUCGAGAUGGUGAAUGGAAAUAGCAAUUAGUGUUUUGCUGAAGCUUCUAGCGUCGAUAACACGACCGAAAGAUAUGAGAUAUGAGGCCCGCAGCAUGGAGGUGUAUUGGAAAUCUGGUUACAUUAGUGAUUCAUGUCGCCAUCGUAUAUCUUUGAAAAAGGAGUUGCGUAUGCUUGUGUAAGCGUCGCCCUUAGCAAUCACACCCUUCAUAAGUAAUUAUAUGUAUGCGUUAACGCUUUAAGUUUUAGUUAGGACCCUCAAGCAGAGUUGUGGCAAAUCUCGUCAUGCACCUCGACAGUAUUAGUGAACUCUAAUGAAAUAGUGCGGCGGCACUGGUACACGGUGAACUACAAGGAUCGCUCGACAGAAAGCUCGGACGCUUCAUUUCGCGCGCCCGAUUGCAAUAUUUCUGCUAAUUGUGUAUAAAGUGUUUGUUGUUGUAUUUGCUGUUAUGCACUUGCUUUUACAUAAUUAUCCUGCCUAGGCAGGGGCAAAUAAAACACCGCUUUGUUGGUUUCCUGUUCAGCUAUGUGUGCCGUCUAUCACUCCUUUAGGCGUUUGCAGUGAAACCCCGCCGACAGAGCACACGUGUUUACCCACAGAAGCAAGGUUUUACGGCAAGUUGCCGGUAACAGCAAUUUUUUUUUUUUUGCCCGACAUUCCGCCUUGCCACCAAUCGAAAAGAAAGGAAGAACGCAUGACAUAUGUUCCUCCUACAUCAUGCGACUUUACGAGAUUGUAAACAAAGGCGCAAUGUCACGAUCUAAUGGUACCGUUUGAUAGGCCGGAUAUGGACAUACAAAAAUUAUAUAAGGGCCAAUGGAUGAAUCCGAAGUUGUGCAUGAAUAGGAGAUCUUCAAAAAGAAAAUUCGAUAAUGCAUUCAUGAAGGCAGAGAAUUCCCGUCUCUUUCACUCAUCUCUUCAACAGUUUUGCGCCGCCAAAGCUAUAAAGACCUCUUUUUCACGUAGUAGAUUGCGCUUUGCGGCAGGUAGGUUAUUUUUCUCCUAACCAGAACACGCGUUCUCGAUAACAGGCCUCGACAUGAAACUACUGCCCUUGUUUCACACAUGACUGCAAGUUUGAGCGAGUGCUUCGCACCCCGGUGCUGUGCUUGGAAACAAGCACGUAAAACAAGAACGUUUGUAGUCAUCGCAUAUUAACCGGCCGGCCUCUUGCGCUAAGAAGGUCAAUACGGGGCUUUCGCGCUGAAGCUGCUUUCAAGAUUGAAAACUUGCACGCUUCUCAAGGUCAUAGGUGACGGUCGCUAUUUGCCACUGGUCCAUGUAAAGAUAAGGUGGCACGUCGAGAGCACACCUGUAUGCGUUGCUGUCGUAUUAAUUUAAACUCGCAUAUCACAUUGCACAUUUUGUGUACGUGCGCUCGUCUUGCGUAACCACCGCUGUUAGAACGCGUUGUCUAUCGCGCCUCGCUGUUACAGAGCUGAGUUGUUUAAGUGUGUCGUACAUGAUUACAUGAGUGCUUUAGCGUUACUGUGGCAAGGUCUCCGUUUACGCGUUUUUAUACCCUACCACUGGAUAGUGCACACCUUGUGGAGCGCGGAAGGUAACCUGUGAUAAAAGCUGCAGAACUGUUUGUUUGUUCGUUUGUUUGUUUUCCAUCUCUUUAUAUUUUCCUCACUGAUGAGCAAUGAAAAUGUCGAAACUACAAGAGUGCGCACGCGACUAUAUGCCCAAGUUAUUUGGAUAACCGCACGCAAGCGCGGUCCUUCGGGGCUUUCUUGUAUUGUUAUUGUCCUUUAAAAACAAUAACUUAAAAUCCGACAUCGCCAUUAGAGAGAGGCAGUUGUUCGUUGGCCGUUUGUACAUUGUACACUUCAGUAUGUUGGUGCAA